CGGGGGUCGGUGAGCUAGUGCGCGCAAAGAGAAAUCAGCCUCGCCAGCUCACACUCACCACUCACGCAACACCCAAAUGCGCCAAACCAUGCAGCGUCCACGACAAGGCGACGAUUAAUAACUCUGCUAUCACUCGACCUGAGUGGCUUUUUAUUUAUUUAUUUAGUUGCUGCAACAACUAUCCUCCUCCUCAUCCUCCAUCAUAUUUGCAGAUGAGCGCCGUCUGUGCAUGAAAGGCUCGCCUGCAGGUACCACGACAACACCGGACGACUGGUGGCUUUGAGAGAGAAAACACACCCCAGGGCGCCACUUCCACUAUGGCGUUAACGAUCUGCACAAGAUUUACCGACGAAUACCAGCUGUUCGAGGAGCUGGGGAAGGGAGCCUUUUCUGUGGUCAGGCGGUGUGUGAAGAUCUCCUCCGGUCAAGAGUAUGCUGCUAAAAUCAUCAACACUAAGAAGCUCUCUGCCAGAGAUCAUCAAAAGCUGGAGAGAGAGGCCAGGAUUUGCCGUCUACUGAAGCACCCCAAUAUUGUUCGGCUCCAUGACAGCAUAUCAGAGGAGGGGUUCCACUAUUUGGUGUUUGAUCUUGUGACAGGAGGAGAGCUCUUUGAGGACAUCGUGGCCCGCGAGUACUACAGCGAGGCUGAUGCCAGCCAUUGCAUACAGCAGAUCCUGGAGAGUGUUCAUCACUGCCAUGUUAAUGGGAUUGUCCACAGGGACUUGAAGCCUGAGAACCUUCUUUUAGCCAGUAAGCUGAAGGGAGCUGCUGUCAAGUUGGCUGAUUUUGGGCUGGCUAUCGAGGUGCAAGGCGACCAGCAGGCAUGGUUUGGUUUUGCUGGCACCCCGGGGUACUUGUCUCCAGAGGUUUUGAGGAAAGACCCGUAUGGGAAACCAGUGGACAUGUGGGCCUGUGGAGUGAUUUUAUACAUUUUGCUGGUGGGUUACCCACCAUUCUGGGAUGAAGACCAGCACCGCCUUUAUCAACAAAUCAAGGCCGGGGCCUAUGACUUCCCAUCCCCCGAGUGGGAUACCGUAACUCCCGAGGCCAAAGAUCUGAUCAACAAGAUGCUGACCAUCAAUCCCAGUAAACGCAUCACUGCCGCAGAGGCCCUCAAACACCCAUGGAUCUGCCAACGGUCCACUGUAGCUUCCAUGAUGCACAGGCAGGAGACUGUAGAGUGCCUGAAGAAAUUCAAUGCCAGGAGAAAACUCAAGGGGGCCAUAUUGACCACUUUACUGGUCACAAGAAACUUCUCAGCAGCCAAGAGUUUGCUGAACAAGAAGCCCGAUGGCGUUAAGGUCAACAACAAAGCAAACACAGUGACCAGUCCUAAAGACACUGGCCCUGCCCCUGCACUGGAACCACAGACGACUGUGAUCCACAACCCUGUGGAUGGAAACAAGGAAUCCAUUGAGAGUGCCAACACCACCAUCGAAGAUGAGGAUGUUAAAGCCCUUCGUCUGGGCAGCUUAGUGAGUGGUAUCUUGAGCUCUAAGAGCCGUUCCUCACAGAUGUCUGAGUCAAGGCAGACUCCCACCUCCUCAUUUCAAACCUGCACCAAUAACACUAAAGCUCGUAAACAGGAAAUUAUCAAAGUCACCGAGCAGCUGAUUGAGUCAAUCAACAAUGGAGACUUUGAGGCCUACGCGAAGAUUUGCGAUCCGGGUCUGACUUCCUUUGAGCCCGAGGCACUGGGAAACCUGGUGGAAGGGCACGACUUCCACCGCUUUUACUUUGAGAAUGCCCUGUCUAAAGGGAACAAGCCAGUGCACACCAUCCUCUUGAACCCGCACGUGCACCUCAUCGGGGAGAACGCGGCAUGUAUCGCCUACAUUCGCCUGACCCAGUACAUGGAUGGCACCGGCAUGCCCCGCACCAUGCAGUCUGAGGAGACCCGCGUGUGGCACCGCCGCGACGGGAAGUGGCAGAACAUCCACUUCCACCGCUCUGGCUCACCCAGCAUCCCCUCCCAUUAAUGGAAUACGGUGUGGUUUGAAAAGCCAACAACAUCCCAUCCCAUCUGCAAAUGUGAGAGUGGAGCAGUCAAGCCAACCCAUGACUGCUCUCCGACCUUUCACCCUCCUCUAAAGACAUGGCACAGGACACACGCAUUAAUACAUUUUACAGUUAUGGCAUUUAAUCAGUGGACUUCAUUGUUUCAAUAGACCACCAGCAGGUGGCUGCACAAGGUGUUAGGACAUUACGAAAUGAGCAUAUUGGCAACAGUUUUGUUCUUCAGUUGUUGUUUUUUUUUUUGUUUUGUUUUUUUUAAGAUGUUUUGGUAUGCAUUUUAAAUAUAUAUCAAUUAGAAAUCUGCUGCUGUAACCUCUCCCGGAAAGUAGUUCAGUAUUUUUUAUGUGUAUUUAUGUGCGUGUAAUACAAAAACAAAAAACAAUUGGAAGAUCUGAAUGUUCAAAUGGAGCUUGCUUUAGUUCUGGUGAUGUACAUACAUUGUGAUUGUUGAUGAAAACUAAAACAACAACGUCGAAAUUGCUAUUCUUGCUAUCAAAGGAGUUAAGAGUUUAUGUCCAAUUCGAUUUAUGAGCUAUAUUUAUGUUUGCUAUGAGCUAUAAGUCAUACUGUUUGAGUCGUCUGACUUCAACCUAUGAUACUAAUUUAAAUGUAAAGAAAGCAGAGCUUAUACUUUGCAUUGGAAUAUGUUUGCCUUUAUAUCAGUGAUAUAAGAAAUAAGAGAAUGUAGCAUAUAUGUAAUAUAUGAACAUCCAAGAUUAUUGUGUAGUGCAUGGGGGGAAAUAUUGAGUAAGACCAUAUGAAACUAUAAUAUCUUCUGUUUGAGUUGUGAAUCACUGACUUGUUUGUUAAUGUUGUGCACCAGUCCUGUCCCAAAUGUUUCUAAUGUCCUCCAGUGUCAUGGAACUGUUGUAAAAACAAUAAUACAACAAUAAAAUUACAAAAUCAAAGCUGCAUAUCAAAGGGGAAGGGUGGGAAAAUUGAAAAAAAAAAAAAUCCUGGUUGUUGAAGCACCUCUUACGUUUUGUAUAAAAUGUUUAGGAAGUAAGCUCAUUUUUCAUAAUGUUUGUACUUGUAUUGUAUGACUGUACGUAUAGGGUCAUUUUACUCUCAUCAUUUUUUCCAGAGUGUUGCAUUGCCAAUUGCACAGAAGGUGAUGGAGAUAGAGCUGGCACCGUCAAUCGGACGGUCAGCUUGACUAAACUUACAUGAAAGAUUUGGAGGUGUGCUCAAGGCGAGAGGGGUUCUCCUCGCUGGAGACUACUAGCAGUACAACAACGUCUGAGUCUUUAUCAUUUUCACUUGCUUUGUCUCUUUUUCAAACUACAAAAUACAACAACCGUCCUUUUUUUUUGAUGCAACGUAUGAUGUCAAUUCAAUGCACAGCUCCUUAACUAGUGUGCAACAGUGCGGCAAUGGAUGGCUUAUAAUGUUUAAGAACUAAAUAAAUGAGCUAAACUGUGUGAUCAUG